UCUCCUUGAUCUCUUCAUGUCUCUUCUUCAUGUUCUUGUUGGAUCACUUCUUCUUCCUUCGCCUUUACUUUAGUCUUGACGAAUAAUGUAAUUUGUUAAUUAUCGCUUACAAUAUAAUUUGAUAGCACUUACAAUGACAAUGCAGUACAUAGCACCUAAUUGGUUAUUAGUAAUCAUUCAAAUGUACACAUCAAUGCUCGGGGCCUCUUAUAUAAGUAUAAAGGCUCGUCAUUGUUGUCUCGACCACUUCCUAACCUGAUUGUUGCUCUCUAACCAACCCUAUAAAGCCACAUUAAGAUCCAAAUCAUCGACGAGAAAACCUACUUAAUUAAUUUGCUAAUCUCUCCCCAAACUAAACAUCCUUCCAAAUCCAUCUAUUCAAUCCAAUGACAUACCACCCACCACCCUUCACGGGUCAUUAUUCCUGUGAUCAAUUGUGAAAUAGUUAAACGACAUAAUUAGUCUGACUGAUCAUCUCAAAACCACUAUAAAUACUCAUCAUUAGGAGCUGCAUUGCUCAAACUUCUACUUGACUUACCAGUUAGUGUCAAUAUAAUGGAGUUCAUGUUGUUCAUGAGAAGAGUGGCUGCUGUUGUGCUCAUGCUGCUGCUGCUGGAGACCAGCAGCAGCCAGGCCAUAUGCAACAUGUCGCAGCACGGUUUCGACAUGUGUAGGCCAUCGGUGACACCUCCGAACCCACCGCGGCCAUCGGCGGAGUGCUGCAAGGCGCUGGCCGUCGCUGACCUGCAGUGCUUCUGCUCCUACAAGAGCUCACCGCUGCUGCCGGCUCUGGGAAUUGACCCUGCACUGGCCAUGAAGCUGCCUCCCAAGUGUGGCCUCAAGGCACCAGAGAAUUGCUAAUUAAGCAAGUAGGGGAUGCUUAGUUGUCGUUAAUUAGUGAUUACGUUUCCAUCUCUUUUAUCUUGAAGUGCUUAGGCAUUCUGUGAUGUUUCUAAUGCAUAAAGUAAUAAAGCCCGUUGAUGUUCUAA